GGCUUUAUUUCAGAGGAUACGCCGCCAAGACAACAUCCCAGGUAAAUCUUUGCUUCUAUCAUACAACUUUUUCCAAAAUGAGCCAUGAUCACUUUCACAUGUCUCAUUUUUAAAAUGAAUAGCUAGAUUAUUAUUAUUUUUUUAUUGCAAAGUUACAAUCUCUAAAUCGAGAUAGUGAAAAUCAGCUUUUUUUGUCAAUAAAAAAGUAAAAGAGGUCAAUCUCAAUGGGUUUUUAUCUGGUUGAAUAAAGGUUAAAAUACUGAAAAGUUUCAGUCUUUCAGAGUCAUCUCGCAAUAACACUCGAAGCAAUUGUUUCCUGUCAAAACUGAAACGAGACAUUUCUUAACAUUUAAGAAAUCGAAAAUUAAAAUGUGCCAAUAUAUAUAACUCAAUAUAGGCUACUUAAGACAGUUAACUCUAAAAAGUAUAUAUUUGAUUUUGCUCUGUACAGACACAGAAAUCAAAUAUAACCAGACAUCAUUGAAAAUGAUCAAAUAAACUUUUUUUUUUAAUCUUUAAAGUCCGUUGCAUAUUUAUUAGAACUUCUAGUGGACAUCCUGCCUGUUAUCCAAUUUUAGACAUAUUUAAGGCAUAAACUCAAUGUAGAAUAUGUUUGGUAACCCCCUACCCCCUACCCCACACACCCCACCCCCACCACUCACUCACACACACACACACACACUUGCUACUUUCAUUCUUUCACUCUUUCUGUAAAGCCCUGCAGUUACAAGAAUGGCGGAAAAAAGAGAAGAGGCCAAAAUUCUCUGGGACUUCCUUCGCCUUGGACAGCCACUGGAAAAAGUAAGCACUGCACUUUUUGGUAUUUUAUUUUAUUUUUUUUAAUGAAUGCUAUUUAAUGCACUUCAAUUAAUUAUUCCUUUUAACACCAGACAGUACAGCUUUUACGAGGCAUUUAAGUUGGUACCAUAUUUAAGAGAGAAAAAACAAGAAAUUUCCUUUUAAUAAAAAAAUUUAAAAAAGCAAUGUCCUCUGGCUGCAUUUCCACUUGUUUACCACCAGGAGGAAGACACUUCAAAGAGAACAGGCCUGACAUUGUGACUUCAGAAAAAAAAAAAAAACUUCUGCCUGCCUGCAGACAGUUUUGCUCCUUUUCAUCAUAUUUUGAAAAGAUGAAACUACAAAUCUGCACUCAUAACAUUAAACCUGUAGCAUUAACCAGCCUCUUUUGUCAGCUUGUUCGCUGGCCAAGUGAAAAAUUAAGACACAGUGCAGUUUUCACUGUGCUUGGGACCUAUUUUCUGACCUCUACCAGAUACUUUUUGUCAUAGUUUCUGAAAGGAUUUGCCUCAAACAAAGUAGAAAUGACUGUAUGCAGCACAUUGCUCUGUUUGUUCAGCGUACACCUUGGUACAGGUGUAGGAAAUGUCAAGUUUCAUGUUUUUGUUCUCAGAGUGACGUGAUUAUCGGUCUGGGAUGCACUGACAUACAGGUUGCUGAGAAAUCUGCUGAGCUCUUUUUGGAGGGUUGGGCUCCUCUUCUGCUCUUCACUGGAAAACAGGGAGCAGGGACUAAAGGUCUGUACAAGCAUGGAGAUAUCUGUUGUAACUCUCUUCAUACCAUACACACACAAAUACCCACAUCUGAUGUCACACUGAUAACAAGCAAUUCAUAUUUGAAUAGAUAAGUGGACCAAACCAGAGGCUGAAGUCUUCCAGAAGGUGGCUCUUGAAAAGGAGGUUCCAAGGGAGAACAUCUUGCUGGAGACUGAAGCAACAAACACUGGAGAGAAUAUUCGUUUCUCUUGCAAACUCCUAAAGGAGAGAAACAUCCCAGGUGAGAGGUUUCUGUCUGUGCCUGUAGAUUAGUGUGUUAGAAUUUGUCAUACCACAGAAAGCAGAAUAUCGCCACUCGGAGCUGUUUUCUCAGGUUUUUUUUUUUUUUUUUUCGUAAUUACAACAAAAACAAAAAGAUUCUUGCUCAUUUUCAUUUGGUCUUCACUAAAGUUGUUUUUGGACCUUCUCCUCAGUGUCCAGUGUUAUCCUGGUGCAGACGCCUAUCAUGGAACGAAGGGUUUAUGCCACAUUUGAGCGUCAGUGGUCUAAAGAGGGAGGGCUCCCAAAGGCCAUUGUGACUUCACCCCAGGUGGCCUUCGAUGAAUACUUUGACAAAGAUGCGACCAAAUUCAUCGAAUCCAUGCUUGGUACAGUCCAUCUCCUUAAUGCUGUUACUGUGUUUGAUCAAAAUGGACCAUGAUAUGUUUAUGUAUUAUGUUACAUGAGUGUUUUUCAACUUUUAUUGCACUGUUUUUUUUUUUUUUUUUUCAGAGACACUAUACAGAAUAAAGAGCUAUCCUGAAAAGGGCUACCAGGAGGAACAAGAAAUCCCUCGAAGAGUCCAAUCUGCAUUCGAAUGGUUUUGCUGCGCUGGCUACAAAUUUAAGAAAUAGACACACACUGCAAAAAACGAAUUUCAAGAAAGGAAAACAGCCUUGUAUUAAGGAAAUCAGUCUUAUUUUUUUGUACAAAAAGAAUAUUAAUCUUUUCAAGCAUGUUUGGCAUUAGAACAAUUAUCUAAUUUUAAGAGAAAAUGGCUUAUCAAGAAAACUUUUUUCUUGAUAAGUUAUUUCAGCAAAUUUUGAGAUAGAAUGAACCAGAAAUAGAGUAGAAAAAUCUUUCACAAUAAAAUCGGGCAAAGCAACAAGAUAAUUCGUCUUAUUUUAAGAGUGAGACGUAUGUACAACUUCUCAAUUUAAGAAUGCCACGAAACAAGAACAGUUGAUUUUUGUUUUAUUAAGAUUUCCAUUGCAGGUCAUCUGAACCUGACAGAAUCUUAUCUGACAAGAUGUCAGUCGGCUAGUCUGUACAACAGACAACAUAAUACAAUGAUCAGAUGAAAACUGCAAAACAACAAAGAACAUGCUUGCUUGUGGAUUAAAAAAACAUAUAUCUAAUGAGAAUGUUUUGAUAUCUUGAUUCAAGACAACAUCAUUUAUAUUUGCUAUGCUGUUUUAAGAAAUUAUGUCUUAUUUGAACUACUGAUUCUACUACAAGAUUAAGCUGUAUUUUCUUGAAUUUCAUUUAUUCAUAAGACUAAAGUUCUAAUUUUAAGUAACUUCAAUUUCAUUUUCAUUGCUUGCUAUGGAAAAAUUAUAUUAAUACAAGAUUUUCGGUCUAAUUUUAAAUUUCCUUUGAGUCUGUCUGGGCCAAGAAAUUUGUUCUUUGGCAGAUUUUUUUGCUUGAUACAAGAUUAUUUGAUUGAAUAUAACAAUAUUUUGCUUCUUUCUAGUAGGGCUGUUUUUGCAGUGCACUGUAUUUACUGGAGUGCAAGUAUUAAUGAAAUAAAAAAUGUAGUGAUUUCCCCAGAGA